AUGAUUUUAUGGGAUGUGGAAACUGGUGAAAAGAGACAUACACAUAAAAUAAUUGGUAAACCUUACAUUGUAAAAAAUUUAUCAUGCAAUAGUCAUUUGAUUGGAGUGGGCAAUAAAAGCGAUAAUCAUUUGACAUUAUACUAUGUUACUCCAACCGGAUUUGUUGAUUCCAGAUUUUCAAUAAACAAUCAUAAUAGUAGUGUUUAUGCAUUAGCUUCAAAUCAAAUUCUACCAAAUACUUUUGUUUCUGGAUGUUAUGAUGGAUUAACACGUCUCUUUGACACUAGAAGUAUGGAAUGCAUAGCAUCAUAUAGAGAUCCUUAUGAUCUCUCACCUGAUUUUUGUGCAACCUGA